AUCAAGUUGCAUUGAAACGGUCCAAGGAGUCAUUGAUGCCGAGUUGGGUGUGAUGAAAACUGCCGCACUGCGUUCUAUCUCUCAACUCAGCUCUCCCCCUGGAGCUAGAGCUGAGCGCACCCUGCACCGGGAGAGUGUGUUUUAAUGUUCGGAGUACAGUCAUAACUAGACUCAACCCAGAGAAAACAAGCAGAUACUCAACCCUGGUAGAGUUAAACUGUGAAUUAUCCAGGACUGUUGUUGAAACCACGAUAAUUGUUUUGAUAAAUCUAUGCUCGUCAAGGGUUGGAGAACCUCUUUCAUAGUUGGUCCUUGUCAAACCUUUUCUCAAAUUUAGGUGAUAUCUACGCCAGUUUCCCGUCAACACUCAGUUUGGAAGGAUGUCCGCUAAUCCUGGAUUUGGAGGUGAGGCGGAGAAAAUGUCUAAACCCUCCGGGAGUGGGUUCGGGAGUGAAGAGCAUGCGGAGCUCUCAACCAUAGAGAGGAAGGAGAAGUCUGGGUUCAGCAGAGGAAGAUCAAAUCGGCAACAGGAUGGAUUAAAGAUUGUUGGAAGUGGAAACCAAGAACUAGAGAUGGCUGCUGUCACCGCUGAGGGAGCGAAUACGCGGGACGGGACCAAGUUGUUGAGUGAAGAGCAGGGUAGGACGGAUUCUCCGGCUGCAGCCAAGGUGGUUGGGAAGAAGAAGUAUAGAUCUAGAUCAGCAUCUGCCUCAUCUCAGGACAGCUACAGUAGCUCAGGGUCCUACUCAGAGUCUAGCUCCGAGGACGAGCUGUCCCCCCGGGAGAAGAUUCAGAAGAAUUCUACCGGAUUUGCGGAUUUUUGCGUGAAGAAGAUUUCUCAGCAUGCUUAUGGCAGAAGGGAAAUAGAGAUUGCUGAACAAGAGAUGCCGGGUAUAAUGGCGCUUAGAUCAAAGGCCCAGGAGGACAAACCACUCAAGUCUGCCAGAAUUGUCGGCUGUACUCACAUCAACGCACAAACUGCAGUUCUUGUCGAAACCUUAGUUGCUCUUGGAGCUCAGGUAAGAUGGUCUGCCUGUAACAUACACAGUACCCAGAACGAGGUUGCUGCCGCCCUGGCAGAGACCGGUAUCCCUGUGUUCGCCUGGAGGGGGGAGAACGAGGAGGAUUUCUGGUGGUGUAUUGAGAAAACUAUUAGUGCUGAUUCCUGGCAGCCUAAUAUGAUAUUGGACGAUGGAGGGGAUGCUACUCAUAUCAUGGUCAAAAAAUUUCCAGCAAUCUUUAAGCUUCUUAAGGGUAUAGUAGAGGAAAGUGUAACAGGUAUCCAUCGUCUCUACCAACUCAGCCAGUCGUCCAAAUUGACCAUCCCCGCCAUGAACGUUAACGACAGUGUCAUCAAGACCAAGUUCGACAACCUCUACUCUUGCAGGGAGUCGAUUGUCGACAGUUUGAAGAGAACGACUGAUCUUAUGUUUGGCGGGAAACAGGUUGUUGUUUGUGGAUAUGGUCAAGUUGGGAAGGGAUGCUGUCAGUCCAUGAAGAGUAUGGGAUGCGUCGUCUACGUUACUGAGAUUGAUCCCAUCUGUGCCAUCCAGGCGGCCAUGGACGGAUUCCAGAUUGUCAAGCUAGAGAAGGUUAUUAAACAGGUUGACAUUGUGAUAACCGCCACUGGGAACAAGAACGUUGUAUCCCGCGACCACAUGGACAAGAUGAAGAACGGAUGCAUCGUGUGCAACAUGGGGCACUCCAACACCGAGAUUGAUGUGUUGAGUUUGAAGACCCAGGAUCUGAUCUGGGAGAAAGUGCGUAGUCAGGUUGAUCACAUUAUCUGGCCGGGUGGUAAGCGUAUGGUGCUGCUGGCAGAGGGAAGAAGGGUCAACCUGUCCUGCAGUUCAGUUCCUAGUCUCGUGGUUUCUAUUACUGCAGUUACUCAGGCGCUGGCGUUGAUUGAACUGUUUAAUGCCCCAGCUGGACGUUACAAGGCUGACGUCUACCUCAUGCCGAAGUUGAUGGACGAGUUCGUAGCUUCCCUUCACCUCGCUGCCUUCGAGGCAAACCUCACGGAGUUGUCCGACGAGCAAGCCAAGUAUAUGGGAUUGUCCAAGACAGGACCCUUCAAGCCAACCUACUACAGAUACUAGACCCAUCUAUGCAUUGUAAACAGUACAUUGUACGUAUAUGAUAUAUAUAUAUUACAUAUUUUUAGGUAUACGAUGAUAAAAUCCAGCAUGUCUUGUAAAUUAUGUUUUUAAUGUCGUCACAUCGUGCUCAUUUUGUAAUCAAGCACCACGUCCGAUAUGUAAGGUUGUUCAAUACGAUCUAAAUUUAAAUUUAUUAACUGAUAAAAUACUUGUGAUAAAUUGCAACAGCUUUUAUUUUAUGUUUGGGCGCUAGACUUUAAUAAGAAAUUUGCAUUGCCAAACGAAAUUCUGUUUUAUAAAAGGAAAUAAAGCUAACUAUUUUAUCUAA